CCUCGCGGCACGACGAACAAUCGCCUAGAUCGGGUAUUGAUAAGCAGCCUAGAGAAGGGGAGGAGGAGGAGAAGAGCCUCGCGGCAAGACGAACAAUCGACUAGAUCGGGUAUUGAUAAGCAGCCUAGAGGAGGGGAGGAGGAGGAGGAGGAGGAGGAGGAGAAGGAGGAGGAGGAGGAGGGGGAGGAGCCUCGCGUGUCCGAUGCGACAGCUCAGUGCUCGCGGCCUACUCUGCGCACCUCGCGCACCCUGGGCGGUCCGUAUGUCGACGCUGGGUGCUGUGAGGCGCCACUUUGGCAGCACCUGGCCAGGUGGCUGCCGACGCUGUCUCCACUCUGUAGGACAAGGGAGUCGUAGCCACCCAAACAGCCAAUCAGACCACAAAGGCCCGAGGUGUGCCUGUUCAGGCGGACGCCCCACUACAAAGAGAAAAAGUGAGCUGCUAUUUAAGCCGGGUCCAAGUCAAUAGCGGAGGAGGACGACCAGGAGGCAGCAGAGGACAAGGAAGAGGAGGAGGGGGAUAGAGGGGAGAGCGAGACGGCGAGAGAGUGAGGUGGCUUCCAGCUCACCUCCACGAGGGGAGGCCAAUCACCAGGCCCCUGCAGGGGCUGGCAGCAUGCUACGGGGGCCCGCCUUCGAGGCUGCACCGCCGCGCUCCUUGCGAGGACGACGACAAGGCAACAGGAAGAGGGAAGGGAGGCAAAGAGGCAGCAGCUACAGUCUGCGCAAAAGGGUCUGGAUGAGCAUGCACGUUCGCUUGCAGGGCAUCCUACUGCAGCGUUACGAAGCGAUGAAUAGAGAAGCCGAUCUGCAAGUUGCAGAGGCAGCCACGGGAGAAAACCAAAAGUCGUAUCGACGAGACGGGACGUCGUCCAGGGAGAGAUCCUGGGAUUCGGGGGGGCGGGGGAGUUCCCCGCCCUGCGCCUUGGGCGCGGCGCGGGAAGCUUGCACCCAGGCCGUGAGAUGCCUCUGGCCUAUCGUCGCGGGCGGAAAACAUAUCCGUACCACCCUCAGGUCGGGCAUGCCCUCCUACAGGCGAAUUUUGGUCGGAAAAAAUCAAACAAC